CCGAUCCACAUUCCUACCUUCCGAGCGGGAAUAAUAUUGUGAAUUCCAAAUUCCAUCCCACGGUAAUGGGCAACCCCUGGUUAUGGUGAACAGUUUUUUAUCUCGGUACCCAUCAUUCUCACUCUGGUCCAGCUCAGGGGAAAACUCGCCUCGUGUUAUGUCUGCCAGCCUGGUGGUUUCAGGCCUCAUGCCCGUUGUCGCCCGUCUAGCGCUCGGAACCUUCCUGCUACCAUAUACCGCCUACCUUCCAAGCAAGAAUGGUCUUGUAAAUUCCAUCCUUGUGGGGAACCCGUGGUUAUGGGCAACUCUUGUUUGCCUCGGCGUGUAUCGUUCCCGCUCUCGUUCGGUACAGGAGACGGAUCUCCUCUCUCUAUGGCUUCUCGCGACGGCAUGGUGGUUACUGGUAACACGGUGGUUCAUGGGACCUUCACUCACCGAUCGGACCUUUAUUGCCACUGGGGGAGAAUGUCAGGAGUAUGCAGGACUCUCCAUGCCCACCACCAGGUCACAGUGCAGAAUAUCAGGUGGGGAAUGGGUAGGUGGACAUGAUAUAAGUGGGCAAGCUUUCACAGUCACUCACGCGACCAUGUUGAUCUAUAAUAUGCAUAGGACAUGCCAGCCCGCCAGCUGGGGCCGUAUAGCGGCCAUGGGACCUUGGUGCUGGAUCAUGUUCAUGACGGUUGUACACCCUCAUCCUCUUCUAGAAACGGUCAGUAAUAGAUCAUGGCACUAUGCUGUUAGAGGUAGCACUAAUAGCCUCUAGGUCACAGCCUGUAUUGUUGCGGCAUCAGUCUGGAGCACCUAGCUGAAAGGGCAUUGGUGGAUUCCAUCUUGGACCGGCAUAAUGCUCACAACCCCAUACUGGGCAAUAGCCAGAUCGCUGGGCAGCCAGGGUGGUACUAGGAGCCUCUGGGUGACUCACAGAUGUUGAGCAACAGAAGGUGUGAUGCCAGUGGAAUGGCUGACCCUGGCGGGAAACGAAGAUGAGACCUUUCGUUAUGGAGAGAGGUGAUAGUUGUAUUGGUCUAUGUCUACUCAAACUAAAUAAAUACAUGCUCAU